UAGCUCCGGACAGAACCGGUCAGCUCCAGUUUUCCGCAGCUGCGCAGUGGGUGUAAACAGGAAGAGACUGUGUGGCUGGAAGGCACACGGACGAUAGAGAGACGAAAAAUAUUCUACACUUAAAUAAUAAUAAGAGCGAACGGUCGUGAAGAAUAAUAAUAUUAGACGAAGAUUUCGAAUUAUGCGACUUUGAUACAUUUAGAUGUUAAGAAUAUUAUUUUUGCUAAAACUAUCCGCAGUAGGUCGUCGAGUAAUUUCUUUAACAGUACAUUUUCUGCUUGGCGGGCUGCACAGAGGUUUUAUUUACAGCUAAGCAAGUGACCGCCGAUCUUUUAGAAUACUCGUCAUUUUAUUAGAUCAGCUUUAAUUAAUUAUUUCACCAUUAUGCCUGUUUAAAAUCCGAUUCGUGUUUGCUGUUUCAAUAAAUACCGUGUUUGAGACAUACGAUUCGUUACAUUUAGACAACCAGUAUAAUUAAAGAAAUGGUUCAGAAGGAGAAACAAGGUGAAACAAAAGCACCAGAAGAGGACAAGAAUCCAGCAUCAGCUGAAGCUACAGCAGAAAACACAGAAGUCGCGGCCGGAGUAGAAAACGAGAGUGUGUGUCUGGGGAAGUUCAUCACCGGUGUGGUGGAAGGUUUCUAUGGUCGGCCAUGGACUAUGGAACAACGUAAAGAGCUUUUUAGAAGGUUACAAAAGUGGGGUUUAAAUACUUACCUUUAUGCCCCAAAAGAUGACUAUAAACAUAGAAUGUUUUGGAGAGAAAUGUAUUCUGUUGAAGAAGCAGAGCAACUCAUGACUCUCAUAUCUGCGGCAAAAGAAUAUGGAAUAAGAUUCAUCUAUGCCAUUUCUCCUGGUCUUGACAUAACAUUUUCAAACCAGAAGGAAAUUUCCACCUUAAAAAGGAAAUUGGAUCAGGUUUCACAGUUUGGAUGCAAGUCAUUUGCCCUGUUGUUUGAUGAUAUUGACCACAAUAUGUGUCCUGCAGAUAAAGAAGUAUUUAGUUCAUUUGCACAUGCCCAAGUGUCAAUUACCAAUGAAAUCUUUCAGUAUUUGGGUGAGCCCGACAUUUUCCUGUUCUGUCCUACAGAGUACUGUGGAACUUUCUGCUAUCCAAAUGUGUCACAAUCUCCAUAUUUGCGGACUGUGGGUGAAAAGUUGCUGCCUGGAAUUGAGGUGCUUUGGACAGGUCCUAAAGUUGUAUCCAAAGAUAUUACGGUGGAUUCCAUUGAAGAAGUUACUAAAAUCCUGAAGAGAGCUCCAGUUAUAUGGGACAAUAUACAUGCUAAUGACUAUGACCAGAAGAGGUUAUUUCUUGGUCCAUACAAGGGUCGUUCCACUGAACUUAUUCCCAGACUGAAGGGUGUGCUGACCAAUCCUAACUGUGAAUUUGAAUCAAAUUUUGUGGCUAUCCACACAUUAGCAACAUGGUACAGGUCAAAUAUGAAUGGUGUAAGAAAAGACGUUGUUAUGACUGACAGUGAAGACAGCACAGUUUCAAUUCAGAUCAAGCUGGAGAAUGAAGGCAGCGAUGAAGAGAUUGAAACUGAUAUGUUGUAUAGUCCACAGCAAGCAUUAAAACUUGCUCUGACAGAAUGGCUGGCAGAUUUCAGAGUCCCUCAUCAGUACAAUAGUCGACAGGUUCCUCACAGUGGAGCAAAGAGCACAGCUAUUGAUGUUUCUUCUUUAGCCUCUCCAAGUCUUGGUUCUUCCACCACUGUCACCACUGUGUAUCAGCAGCCAAUCAUGAGUCAAGGAACUUCAUUGGGUGAAGAAACGCAUCCCUUAAGUAAAGAGGAAGAAGUGGAGGAUGAGGAGGAAGAAGAGGAGAAGAAGGAACAAUUACUUUUACAGUCUGAUGAAGAACCUAUGGAAAUGGUGGUGGAAAAGCAAGAUGAACCUGAUACAAAGAAUGUCAGCCAGAUCUUAAAGGAAAUUGUUAAGGCUAAAAUGACAGAGGAAUUAAAACCCAUGGACACAGACAAAGAAAGCAUUGCAGAGUCAAAGUCUCCUGAGAUGUCUAUUCAGGAAGAUUCUGGCAGUGAUAUUGCUCCAAUGCAAACAGAUGACCAGCUAAACAAAGAAUCUUUUACACCAGGGCCUAAUGAGAAGCCCCUUUAUGCAGUAGAGCCACUCACCUUGGAGGACCUCAUGCUGCUCUCUGAACUCUUUUUUCUGCCUUAUGAACAUGGCCAAAAAGCUGCUCAGAUGCUUAAAGAAUUCAAUUGGCUACGAGCAAACAGCAGUGUGGUUAGUGUAAACUCUAAAAGGAAGGACCCGGAAAAAGUCAGUGAAUGGCAUGCUCGAGCAGAGAAGUUUGAGGAAAUGUGCUGUUCAGUAAUUCAGAUGUUUACUCGCCUCUCAAACUCUGCAAACAGAACAAUCCUGUAUGAUUUAUAUCCAUAUAUUUGGGAUAUUAAAAGUAUAAUUUCAAUGGUCAAAUCAUUUGUUCAGUGGUUAGGGUGUCGUAGUCAAUCAUCAGCACAGUUCUUAAGUGGAGACCAAGAACCUUGGGCCUUUAGAGGCGGUCUAGCAGGCGAGUUCCAGCGAUUAUUACCAAUUGAAGGUGCAAAUGACCUCUUCUACCAGCCUCCACCACCAACACCAACUUCUAAAAUUUACUCCAUAAGGCCAUAUUUUCCAAAAGAUGAGGCUUCUGUAUACAAGAUCUGCGGAGAGAUGUACAAUGAAGGCAUGGAGGACAUUCCUUUCUGUGAACAGCCUGAUUUAAUUGGCGAUAAAUUGAUUGGGGGAUUGCUGACCCUUAGCCCAGAUUAUGGGUUUGUACUGGAGGAUGAUGAUGGAAUCUGUGGAUACGCCCUUGGCACAGUUGAUGUCAAACCAUUUGUGAAGAAAUGUAAAGUAAGCUGGUUCCCAGUAAUGCAAGAGAAAUAUAAUAAACCAGAUUCAGAAAAGGAGCUUUCGGAGGCUGAGAAAAUGAUGCUUAGUUUUCAUGAGGAACAGGAAGGCCUUCCUGAAUCAUUUCUAAGUAAUUUCCCAUCAAUGAUUAAGGUGGAUAUACAUUGGAAGGUCACAGAUCCUAGUGUAGCUAAGAGCAUGAUGGGCUGCCUUCUCUCCUCACUCAAAGCUAAUGGAUCCCAUGGAACUUUUUGUGAAGUAAGACAGAAUGACAAGAGAAUGCUGGACUUUUACGGUAAACUGGGCUGCUUUGAAGUAGCGAAGAUGGAGGGCUUUCCUAAGGAUGUGAUUAUCAUGGGAAGGAGCUUAUAAACAGAUAUGAAUGUGAAUUACCAACUUUUGUCUAAACAAAAUCUUUAUUAGGCCAAGACAUGCACAAUAUGUCUGCUUUAUUUUAAUCAUGCCUACUCAUCACAGAACUUUUAUUAAUAAACGGAGUCUUUGGUAGAAAAAUGGAUCCAUGUUUGGCACUGCUAAAGUCUGGAAAAUUGAAGCUGUACUACCACUCGGUGACUAACACUACUCCAUCAGCAAUGCAUAAUGGUUUUCUUUUUAUAUCCAGUAAACAGCUCUGACUUGACAGGUAUGGAUGAGGAACUGUAUGAUAAAUAUUGAGAAUACAUUUGGUACUUUCCGAAUGAUCACUUCAUACUGUACAUCAAAAGUAAAAACGUUUGCAAAAUGCAGAUCCAUUAGGAAGCAUCGAUGCAGAGUGGUAGUGUGUAUCUGGAAACGAACGUUAGUGGUACAAUAACACUUCAACGUAUACAACUGUGGCUGAGACAUGCUGCAAAGUAUGUAACAAGAUGUGGACGAGUGUCUGUACAUCUACGUUGGCCACAAAAACUGCAGACUGAGUGGGAAACCUACACUUUAUCAGCUGUGAUAGUCAGCGCCAACUAAAGUCAGGAAAUGGCUGAUCCAUUGGAAAUGGCAGUUGUUUGAAGGGCUUCUCAAGCACUGAAGUGAUGUCUUAAUGCCAACAUCUGUUCGGACGUUCUUAAACACUCUAACUCUGUGAUUAACGUGGAACCUUAGUUGCACAUUCUCUUUAGUGGCAGCAGUGUCCAAAAAGCUUACAAUCAUAAAUAAUUAUGUAUAUUAAUUAUUUAAAGUACACAGCUUACAGAUUUUGAAAUGUUGUUAUAUAGCGUUUUAAAAUCUCAACUUACAUUUUUUUGUAGUUUUAUUUAUUAUUUGUCAACUGCAUAUAAAUAGUAGAUCCAGGACAGCACUUUGACUUGGCUUUAUUCACCUGGGUCACAGUUCUUUGUAUUUCUUCUUUUUUUAUUCUAAGAUUAACAGCUUCAAAUUGAAAAGACUUGCAUUCACUUUACACAGCAAAACAAAACAAAGCAAACACACCCGAGUCCCACUUGUAAAAAAUGUGAAUUGUUAUCUAACAUCUGGAAUCUUGUGAACCUGCAGCACAGCAUCUUUUAUCUUUCUUGCCUCUUGAAAUUGUUAUUCCAAUAAACUGAAAUGAAUUUGUGAAUAUGUUUGAUAUUUGGAAUUUUUGCCAUGAAAUUCUAAAUCUAGAGAUCUAAAUUAACAUUAGAAUAAUAGAUUCUACAAAAGCUGACUUGCUGAUUAGUGUGGAUGUGGAAAGUUUAAAGAUACACUUAAUCUGUUUGAUUAGCCAUGCAUAUUAAACUAAACAACAGUCAGUUUUGAAAUCAUAGUACAUAAAUAGAUGAAAUGACACAUUAAACCUUAUUUGAUGAGGUGGCGUCUCAUAAGGCUGCACGAUUUAUGUAGUUGCUGCAUUAGGUUUCUGACUCACAUUAUUUAGGCUGAAGCAACUUCAUUUGUUUGCCUUUUAUGCAACACUUUUAAAAAUCAUCACUGAAUAUUAUUUAUAACUCCCUGUAAGCUAGGAUUCAUUUUAUUUUUUUUUUUGACCAUCUACAGUACAGUUGUUAAUGUGCGUAUGAGACGGUAGACGGCAUCCACAUUACGACUGCGCCAGUCCGGCUUUACGUUCUCCUGAUGCUCAUUUUUGUGUACUCCCUUCUGACUUGUGGAACUAUUGAGGGUCGUUUUACAGCAUUUUUGUUGUGAUGUUACAGGAAAUGCUAUUUGGUGCUGUUACUUUCUGAAGAAUGCAAUGAUCUUUUUAAAGCAUUGUAAUCUCUAAAGGAAUUCCUUUAGUGUUUCAAAGCUGCAGUGCUGUACAAAUUCUGCAGAUGUUCUGUUUGUUAUAGGACAGAUUGUUAUGUAUUAUUUGUAUGUAAUUGAGAUAAUUCAGUCAGGAAAAUAAAGUAAGUGGGGAAAAAAAGCA